GUUACAAAAAUGGUAUAAACAAGACUGAAGUACGAUGGAUUGAUUGAUCAUUUAGCUGUUUUCCGCCACACUCAACAAUUUUUGAGUUAUUUGGUGGCGCGCAGUUUUUAAUGGUGGAAGAGAGAACCCAGACACAAUGUACCUGGGAAGAGACCACCGACCUUCCGAAAAUAAACUGGGAAACUUUCUCACUCACCGGCGUUAGCGGGAUUCGAAACCAAGCCGACCAGAUGUGAGAGGCCGUGUGAUUUUGAGCGUACAGAUGUCUGUUUUAAAAGAGUGAAACUGUGACUGGACAUUGAAAUGUACUAAACAACAGUCUUAUAACAAUGCAUAUUUCAAUUUAGAAGACUACACUUGCAUUUAAACUUCCUGAUUAAAUGAAAAUGAGAUGACUAAGCUGCCUUACCUUGACUUCUGACAAUAUUGCAUGGACGUUACGUUGAAAACACAAACCAAGUUUUCUGCAAAUUCAAAAUUUGAUCGGAGAAAAUUUUCCGGGACUAUCUAUGAGACGUUUAUAGUCCGCCUGUUUUAUUUCAUUUCAACAUUCGGUGCACCUGAUGAGCGGAGUGACCUGGAGCUACAUUCAAAUUCCACGCGAUGGAAAAAAUAAAACAGACAGCUGACAAGUUAAUCCAAUUACUUCCUAGAGCAGAUCAAAACAAAAUUAAAGUUCAUGAUAUAAUCACCGAUGGAAUCAAAGAAACCAGAACAUACAUAGGAAGUUUGAAAGAUAAGGCUUCUCUGUUAUCAAUGACAAACGAUGAAGCGUGGACAAAAGGACAUAACAUUAUUACCGACACCACGACGUGUCUGAAUCUUCUACUGAAGAUAUACCGCGGUACAAAGGAUUCACCUGUCAUCAGAUUCAGACAUUGCAGGGAUAUUUUCCCAUUGACCUUUGAUAUAGCCAACGAUGUUUGCAAAAUAGUGUGCGAUUUAUGCGGCCAGAUUGCACAAAGCUUUUCAAUUCGCCACCAUGAAAAAGUAAAAGACAUUGGUCACAUACCAGAGCUACUCGAUAGUCUGAUGUCUUUCUUCACACCUCAAACCUCAACCGACCUCUCUAACGAUGCCACAAUUGAGGGUGUUCAAACAACUGAUAUCCAAGCAUGCAGGAAAGACUUGCAUGUAUACUGUAUAACGUUCUGUGAAUGUGUCGCUAAACAAAUCAAUCCAGUGCUAAAAGCAAUGAAAAGAAACAAUGCUCGAUCCUCUGACGACUUCAAACCAUUUCUUGUCUGCAUGGUUCAACAGCACUACUACAUACAAAGAGCAUGCGGUCUGGCGAGGGAAGUAAUUAAAUGCAUGCCGGAGGGAGAAAGGAACUCAGAAAAGGCGAAAUACAGACUGAUGUUUAGACGAACACGGGUACUCUUCAAGCAGUCAGUCAGCAUUGUACGCAGCAUGAGCUCGUCUAAUGAGGUACCGGUAGAUUUCAAGCCGGACAUAAGUUCAGUGUGCGAUUUAAUCAAAGAAUGCAAACAAUUGAUGAGGGAUUACAUUAAAAGUGAUCAAAAAGACCUAAACUCGAUUCUAAAGAGUAUAGAAUUAGCAUGCCACCGCAUAUGUCAAUGUGUCGACCCCAAGAGGAAAUGCCUUCCUCCGGGACAAGAAAAAGUGGAAGAGGACGUGACUCUGCUGACUGGGUCAGACUUUGAGGAAGUAACUGAUUCAGAUUUUGAAGAAGUAUCCGAUUCAGAUUUUGAUAUGGAUUUCGACUUGAGUAUGACAAAGGUUUCACCCGAAGAAUGCAGCGAAGACAUCAAAGAUAGUGAUUUUGAACCUACCGAGGUGAUCCGAACCUACAAAAUGGACGGAUUCCGAUCAGCAAGCACUGUGUGUGUUGACAACAUCGAUAAAUUUUCUUGGUCUUCUGUGGGUGGGAAAGUGCGGAAGGACGGGAAGUGGAAAUCAGCACAAAAUGUCAAAGUGGAGGAAAACAAGGUCACGAUGGAUAUUGAGCCAGGGGACUUCUUUGUUGUGCACUAUAAUUUUCCAUCCGGAGAACACAAAUUUUCAAAGGACGAUCUAUCCAAGGGUUCCUCUAUGUCAAUACCUGAGGCUAAAUGUUCCUUCAGACUUCCUCCAAUCUCAACGACAAAGGGUCUAACCGCCAAAUACAAGGUGCACAUGACAGACAAAGAUCGUAUAAAAGGGUAUCAAGAUGAAAACCCAGAAGAAUUCAACAAGUACACAAUAUCUGAAGGCAUACAAGUUACAACGACAGCCCCAGUUGAAAAUAGCUUGAUUGAAUUUCCUGAAAAACGAGAAGGAGAUAAUACAUACGUCAUCAUCUCCUCAGAAUCAGGAAAGUCUAAUUGGUCUACUCAACUAAUGGAACCAACGGCCAAGGAAAAUGUUGCUUUUACAAUGAAAGGAAAUUCAAUAACACAUUUGGUAAAAAUUGAUGGACGUCCUCCUCCAGCAGACCAGUCCAAUUCAAGUUUUCUCGGUACAAUUCUCGAUGGUUUUCUUACACUACUAGGAUUGCAGUCAAAAUGUAAACUACUGACCCUCUUCAAGAUUCCCGAGGAUGACCCAGAUGUCAUUGAACUACGAGUGGAAUGCAUAGAGUCGCAACAGUUCCAUCUUAACAAGAAGUCAAAUUCCUUGGUGAAAAGAGGAUGGCAGCAGAUACAACAAUGUGACGAGUCCGCAGAUUUUAUGAUAAAAUCGGGUGGAAAGGUGAACUUGGAAUUCCGUGAAAACGUGAAACCAUCGAAAAUGAUGUCUUCACUUACUCCAAUAAUUACUUUUCAAAAACGCAGUACAUGCUUUUUCAAAACAGAACUUGAGCUAGAAGAUAGCAGCAAAAAGCCAGUAGGCUAUUUGAUGUGUUACGUAAAUAAGACGAAUGUAGACUGGAAAAGAUUGAAUUGGAAGCAUCUGCUAAAAAUGAAUAAAGAUGCUGAUAAAUCAAAACAGGAUAUCACUAAUGAUAAAAGAAAAGAAUUGCAAGAGAAACAACAAAAUGAAAAACGUAAAAUAGAGUCAAAUGCUGUCAAAGAGGUAGAACACACAGUGAAAGGCAUCUGUGUUCGUCUGAGUGAAGAGGAAAAACAAGCUCUUAAAAAAGAACUGAACAUGACAUUUCAGAAAACAGAAGAUACUUUCAUAGAGAGAAUGACCACUCGAGUGAAGGAGCAGGGAAAUCGAUUUAAAUAUAUCAAUAAUCUUCUGAUGAAAAUUGGCCGAAUUGAUCUUCUCCAAGAGCUACUGGAGAAAGCAGAGUUAUAAAACCAAAGCUGUAUAAAUCCAAUAGAAUAAAAGGAUUCAAUUGAAACAAUAGGAUACUUUUUACCACAAUGUUCCCGUCAUGGGAGAUAUUGGCGAUUGGUUUGCUUGUUGCUGGAAAUGUAAUGAUAAAGACGCCAACAUCUAUAGCAAUCCUUCUUUUAAAUUAAAGUGUAUUAUUAUGUACAUCUCCAGGUUAGAAUCGCAAUACAAGAGCAAACACUUAGAACUGCGUAGCCACGUAUUUUUACAUCCCAGUCGUCUGUUCCAUUUCCUGAAUUUUAAUUGACAGUGAAGUUUACCAAAGACUUACAUAUUGAAGGAAGGACAGCUAUUUCUUCUUUUUUAUACCAUGUAAAUUAAGUUGGACACUUUACACCUCACAAGGUGCGAGUAAGAUAUCAAAUCUUGAGUUUUUUUUAGAGUUCGCAUAAAAAAAGAUUAGUACAUCUCACUGAUCGAAUGUAUUUUCUUCAGCUCCAUCCAAACAAUAUACAUGUAUAUGCGGUUCAUUCUAGAAAGGGAAUUUGACUAGAUUGAUGUAAACUCACUCAGUACUACAAAUUGUGUAGAAUUUAAAAAAAAUGUAAUUAGCGUCUUUGUAUCGUUCUGGGAGAAAAACAAAUGUUCAAAGGCCAAGUUCCUGACAUAAGAAAUGUUCACUAUACUGUGUUGAUUUGUUAACCAUUUCUUGUACAUUAAUUUGCUUCUUGAAGCAAUGUUGCACUGUGUUUGGAACUCUAUCACGUGUUUGUGUGUAUACUAAUAAAUGUGUGUUAGUGAU